UAAUUCUCAACCAUUAGGGGUUUUAUUACUUUGUGACUGCUUGAACCCGUCAUGGAGCAAAAUGACGAGCAAAGCAGGAAAACGCAACAUCCGAUGCCGGGUUUGUUCAGUUUCCAACCAAAUAUACAGAAAACACAAGAAACCGGCUUUGGCUCCCAUAUACAACAAGGGUCAUUUACACAGACAUUAGUUCCUUCUAACCCCUCCAGAAGUGACCAACACACAGGUGGAAUCCUCCAACCUGGCUUCUUCAAUCCUUCACCAAGUGGGGCGACGACAUUUGGUAAUUUUCCGACAAGAUUUGGAAUUUCUCAAUCAAUUCCAUCGAGCUCUACUUCAGACCCUUCCAACAGGAAUGUGUUUAAAAGACAAACAGGACCAGUUGGUCUUUUUCAGACAAAAACACCAAAUUUCCCAAACACCAUGUCAUCUACUGCAGGGUUUCCAUCACCCACACAUAAUUUUCCUCCCACUUCAAGCCAAAGCAACGCAGAUCACUUCCAAGCAAAACCUGUCUUUCAGAAUUUACCAGUUGCCCAAGCUAUAGAUCAAAGCAAAGCAGUGAAACGAAAAAGUGACACGGCCGAGAAUAUUUUCUCUGUAAGAAGGAAACGCUCCAUAGAUUCAGAUUCAUCAUCUGCAGUAACAGCUGCUGAUAAUACAAGAGCUAUUAAGUCACCAUUGAAAAGAACAAGCCAUAAAGGAUUGUUCCAAACUUUAAGCCAGAAACCGAAUGAAGAAAUGCAACCAUCAUCAACUGAAACUAAGAAACCCCUCAACAAAAUUUCACCCAGGAGCCUCAAAGCUAAACAACCUGCCCGAAUACUGGGAGGCCUGCGAAGAAAAUCGUCAUCUGGUGUAAUUGAGAACGCAAUCACUAACCAGCUUGUGUGUACUGGGAUUCCGAGGGAGUCGAACGACAAGGAUCAACUUAGGCGACAUUUUUCAAGGUUUGGCAAUGUCAUACGUGUUCAAACCAACGUAAACAAGAAUUCGGCGUCCGUUAAAUUCUCCACCAAUGAGGAAGCAGCGAAAGCUAAAAUGAAAGGAAAAAAUCUUUUUGGAAAAGCGAUUCACAUUUAUUUUGGGACCAAGUCGAGGCAAUCAACAGAAGAUGCAGAGGAUACAAAGAAAAAGACAACAGAAAAAGUUGUCAAGAAGUUUCCAUCUACCCAAAAACCAAGGUUGAACCCACAACAAGGAACUACAGGACACAGCAGAGUGACAACGAUUGCUAAGACAGAUACAGAAAAACUUACUGUUCUUGAAAGAAUUGAUAAAAUACUUCGAACACGCUUAGUAAAAGAAUCUGAUUUAUCCAAAGCCAUUGUGACCAUUGGAACCUGCCCUGAUAUGUGCCCAGAGAAAGAACGUUACCUUCGUCAACAUAGAAACUUAUUGGCGAGCUAUGAAACGGAACCUGGGACAAAGAAAAUCGAUCAUAGAUUGGCUGUGAAGGAAUACAGCAGGUCAUCUGCAGAUCAGGAGGAAGCUCUCUCACACGAGCUGCGUCCAACAAAAGUUCUUCGUUUAACCAUGGAUUAUCUUCUUACACACAUCAUUGAUAGCAUUGACAGGGAUAGGAUUGCUGACUGGUAUGACUUCUUAUGGAACCGUACACGAGCAAUGAGAAAAGAGAUUUCUAUUCAACAAUCUAAUGACGUAUAUGCUGUACAAGUCACUGAAGAAUGUGCAAGAUUCCACAUAUGUUGCGCCCAUGAACUGUGUGAGGAAGACCGGCAUAAUUUUGAUCCAAAAAUAAACAACGAAAACUUGGAAAAAACCAUGAAAACCGUGCUGGAUAUGUAUACUGAUGUUAACUAUGAUCAACAAGAUAUUUUACCUGGAUUUGAAAAUAAUGAGCCCGAGUUCCGAGCUUAUCACAUCUUGCUUAAUAUUAACAGAACGUCGGAUGUUUUAAGAGAAUUACAAAAUAUGAAAGCUGGUACGAGAUCAUCACCUAGUGUCCAGAUUGCAGUAGCAGCGUUCUCGUCCGUACAUAGUAACAACUACGCAAGAUUCUUUAACGUGGUUAAAAAAUCAACUUACCUGCAAGCUGCCAUUCUACACAGAUAUUUUACACAGGUGCGCAAGCAGGCCAUUCUUACAAUGGCACGAGCGUACACAACAGCUAAAGGAAGCACAUGGGUGCCGAUGGAGGACGUAAUGCGCACGUUAUGUUUCAGUAGUGAAAAUGAACUUAAUGCUUUCUGCACUGAGUUGAUGAUCGCCACCAAACCAGGUUUUAUUGAGUUAUCGAGAUCUGAAAAUUGCGAGGUUGACGUUGCGAUGUCGGUCUUCCGCUCACAUCUGGUGUCAUCCAAGAUGUCCGGACGCUCCCUUGGCAUCAUCAUCGCUCACGGGAGGACUCCGUGUCCGAAUGUUCAUCAUCCAGAGUCCAGUUUCGAUGAAGAAGGAAGGUACAUUGGCAAGCAUGCUGCUCUACUAGAUACAGUAGAUACUUUUGAACCACAGAAGGAAAAUAUAGAGACCACACAACAGUCAAUACCACAAACACAAGGUUUACCUGCCGGUGUCCUCACUAAUAUGGUGAAAUUAAUCGCAAAGUCUUUGUUUCAUGAAGUAAUUGAUGAAAUGGUGCUUGAUGUUUCUAUUGAGGUUGUGAAAGCACGAGACUUGGUGAAAGCCAGCACUGAAAUAACUGAUGUCGUCCUCCGUAAUGAUGUGGAUGCUGAAAUAAGAAUCCUUUGCUCCGAGGUCCUCCAGGAAGAGAAAGUACGGCAACAACAAAAGAUCAAAAUGGCUCAGCAGGAGCAAGAGAGAGCAUUACGGAGAGCUGCUGAGGAGGAAAUGAGAAGGAGGGAGGAGGAGAAGAGGAAGAGGGAGCAGUUGGAGAGGAAAAUGAGAGAGAGAAAGUUGAAAGAAGAGAAAGAAGUUUUUCUUCGUGAAUAUUCAAUGGAAUUAGCAACACAGAUGGAAGAAACAAUCGUGUCGCAACAAAUUCAUGAAAUAUCAAAACAUGAACACAGAGAAGCCCGGUUAGACAAACUAUCCACACUCGCAACACACCAAAUAUUAGAAGAUAUAAUUCAAGAAGAAUCUUUCAAUUCGGUGAAAGAAGUUUUAAGAUCGGAGCGAAUAACAUGCCACACUACACUUCAUAAAAUAGUGGAGAAAACUACACUGAAAAACUCUUUCAAUAAGUGGAGAAAUAUGCUUAGUGAUCUACAAAAGCGAAGAUACGCUCGAAUGAAGUUCCCUGCAGCCCCCGCCAUGCGUGCUGUGCAACUACAAGUACAUGAAUUCUUACCCACACCAGUUCAAAAUCAUUCUCUGCCUCGUAGAAACAGUUUUUCGAUUGAAGGAAAACGAGAAUUUCCGCUUUCUAUGGACCCCCUGCCACAAUUAUACGACUCUCAUGCUAAAAUGUCCAAAGACCUGAAAUCCAGAGCUGGCUCGUUUUGUGAAACACAAAAGCGAGCUUUUACUGAGAAACUACCAGUGUUGGACAUGUUAUGGGAUGCAAUGCAUGAUAAGUUGGAUACGGAAGCCACACAUCUGUACUGGAAGAUUGGAAUUCUAUCUCAUAACAGUGACCACACAUGGCUGGCUUGGUUAAAACAAAAGUUUGGCUUUCCACAAACAGAAGACACUGAAGUGAAAUUAUUUAAUCGUUAUUCAUUUGGUGAAACCAGAAGACAGAUAUCAGCAUGUUGCCAGGUGAUAUUCAACUCUACACCAGAAGUGAAUCUAUGUAGAUCAAACAUUCUGUUUGUUAUGAUCACUCACCCAAACUGUUUCCCUUAUUUAAAGAAUCAUCUGAAUCGAGUAUGUGAGGAUAAAGGAACAACAACAGUGAUUGUGGUGAACUGUGACACGGGGUUAAGUGAACGGGAAAUUCUUCAUGAAUUGGGUCUUUCAGAUGAUUGUAAAUACGAGUUUCAUCUUCUCUCCUUUCAUCAAAUGGAUUACAUUGCCAACGAAAUAGAGUUGAAAAGGGGGAUUACUUUGGUGUCUCAUAGUGAACCAACACUAUGGGUGUGUGAGUCGUUGCGUUGUGUACUUGAACACCAAAUAUCAAUACUUUAUAUUAAACCAGUGAUGAGACAUUGCACGCAACGUGAACAACUAUAUCUGCCAACACUGGAGCCACAUCAGCUUGUGGAUAUAUACAACCACGCCAUACAAUCAACAUGUGAUGUACUUACUCAUCCAGACUUACACAAUCUAGCGUGGCCUUCACCUGCUAUGGAUACAGGUAUAACUGAUACUGAGGUGCCUUGUAAAGGUUGGAACACAGCUGAUGGGUUCGAAAAGUUACGAAAUAUUUGUGACCAGUUGCAACUUCCAUCUUUCCCUGUGUUUGAUAAAUAUGCAACAGAACAAGAAAUCUAUGAAAAGGUUUUUAACUACUGCCAGACUGCCUGCCCCAAAAACGACACCCUCACAGCUUCUGUAGCAGCCACAGUGAAGUUGUACCAGCACCAGUAUGCAUAUGACUACCAGCUUGAUUUAACCACUGCAGAGGUUCGGACAUUUGUUGAGCAAUUUCCGUGGCCCAGGAUUGUGGAUGCCGUGGCCAGUAGUAAACUGCAGGAGAUAUUGUAUGUGGAAAAAGAACAGGUGGUUUGCUACAAUCCUUAUAAACUUAGCCUAACAAGCCUUACACAAUCAAUGCAAGCAACGUUAGAUGAAGUGGAGUUUGAUGCUCUUGGCUUAGAUCUGAUAAACCCUACUGUUAACAGUAACUCUGAAUGCCAGUACGAUACACUACAUUCACAAACCAUGGGACCAGCAAAGAAUUUGACAACCAUUUUAUCAAAGAAUGCCACGAUGCAAAGCAAUGCCUCUGCUACUCCAUGGUUGGCUGAUGGGAAAUCUUAUGAAGCACAAACUUUGAAGAAAGAAGUUGAACAGGAAAAAAUAUUAAGCCAAAGAUUUGAGGAGAGGCUGAAGAAACUGUUGGAAGAAGGCGGAAACACUUCCAUGGAAUAUUUCGACAGUUUGCUCUGAAACUUUCUUUAAACAUUUUUUUAAAAACUAUUUUCUGAAAUAAAAAGCAUGCAAUCAAAAUGAGAUGAAAAAAAUUAUAUAAAAAGAUGAUACAGAAAAGUUGGGAAUCUUGGGGUAAUAUAUUUUUACUGUAUUUUUAAUCUUUUGCAAAGAACUGCUGACCCAACAUUACUUUAUCUCCAGGAUUUAAUUUAAAUUUCAUUCCCUUUGGCGCUUCAAACACCAAAACUAUAGUGGAACCCAUGUUGAAUUCCCCCACGCGGUCACCCUUGUAAUAAGGCAAGCCAUUUUCUCCAUACUUCAUGUCGUAAUAAGUGCCAGCUUUCCAGUAUGCGCGGUUUGUUUUGAGUAUUAUAUCGUCAUAUAUUUUAA